CGAGCUUUAGGAGAACUUAGCGGCAGCCUUUUCCCUGCUUGUUUCUAAACAGCAGAGGUGUGUGUGUGUGUGUGUGUGUGGGAGCUGCAUGUAACAGCAAUGCCUUCCACGGAGGGGUUUGGAGCGGACCUGCUCUCGCGCGGUGGGUGUGGGGGGGCGAGACGCGCCUCAGGGCUGUAGUCGUCGCUCCGUGUUGACGCGCCUCUCCCGGGAUGCGCUCCGCGUGAACCGGAGAGCUGCUCCGUCCGCCCGGAGAGGAGAACCUCAGCAGCGCCGCUCCUGCCCCCGCGCGUCCGCGGGACUUGAUCUGACUCUCCACGCGGGCGGGCGCGCCGGAGGAUGUUUCAGCCAGGAUGCUGCGCUUCCCCGUGAAGAAGAUCCGGAAGCAGUUUAAGCUCCUGCUGCUGCUGGUGCUGCUCACGUCGGCGGUGUGGUUCACCUACCUGCACAUCAACCAGGGCAAGACCAUCAAGCUGCACUUCAACUACGGCAAAGAUGGGGAGAGACAGACAGACGGGACAGACGCCAGUCGUAAAAGGGAUGCUCGCUCCUCUGCUGGACACCACAGGAGUGAAGACACCAGUGACAGUAGAGAGGACGAGGCUGCAGAUGAUGAGCCAAUCACUGGAGGGGCUGUGGGAAGGGAUCACACCCACAUCAGGAAGUUCCUUAUCCAGCAUCACAAGAAGUUGCCAUGGAAACCAGAGUAUAAGGGCCAGGCCAACCUUCAUGUGUUUGAGGACUGGUGUGGUUCCUCGAUAGCCCAGCUCAGAAAAAACCUGCACUUCCCUCUCUAUCCUCAUACAAGAACGACAGUGAAGAAGCUUGCAGUGGCUCCAAAGUGGAAGAACUAUGGCUUGAGAAUAUUUGGUUACCUUCAUUCCUACAGAGAUGGUGAUUUCCAGUUCUCAGUGUCAUCGGAUGAUAACUCUGAGUUCUGGUUGAGCCCUGAUGAGAGUCCUCUCAACGCCAGACUGCUGGUCUACGUAGGACAGCUGGGUACAGAAUGGACCGCUCCAGGCGAGUUUACCAAGUUCAGGUCCCAGUCCUCCAAGUCUGUGCAUUUGAACUUGUCACUUGUUCUCUCUCGCACACAGUGGCGUCCAUUCCUCCCUGGUUUGAAAUAUGAAGUGAUCGACUCGGCCUACAUCUCCCUGUACACAGAUGAGUCUAGUCUGAAGAUGAACACUGUGGACCACGUCCCUCAGACCCUGGCCAGUCACAUCCGUCUCACUGAAGAGUCUUGGCCUCAGGGGCCAGAGGGAGGCCCCGUCAUGCAACACGGAGCUGACAUGUUGAGGCCAGAUCCCAGGGAUACAUUCUAUAGCACCCCGAUGAUUGACGCCUCCCGCAUGGAAAAUGUUCUUCCAGCGUGUCUCUACUCUCCAACCUACGUAGUCAAAGACUUUCCCAUCGCCAGAUACCAGGGCCUGCAGUUUGUCUACUUAUCGUUUGUCUACCCUAAUGACUUCACGCGGCUCACCCACAUGGAGAGGGAGAAUAAGUGUUUCUACAGAGAGUCUCCUAUCUACUUGGAAAAGUUUGGUUUCUACAAAUACAUGAAGAUGGAUGAGGAAGAGGAUGACAGACCGUUCUUUUUUCCCAACCCAGAUGAUUUCCUAGAGGAAGAGGAAGUAGUGGACACUGAGGACGAGGCAGAGAUUGUUGGCACGCAGGCACCCAGAAAAUCUUCUCACACAAGCCAAACCAGUCAUACUUUCAGCCCAUCCCAUCAGCGCUCGCAAACAGGGCCUACUUCAGCUGGCAGGGAGGAGGAAGAAGAGGAGCAAGAUCCAAAGGAAGAGAAAGAGGGAGUGGUUAAUAGUAUCAUACAUCAAAGAAAAAGGAAACAGUUUCCACACAGAGACAGACACAUGGGGAGGGUUCUGGACAGAGACUGGGGAAGAGAUCAUACCCAGGGAAAUAUAAGACAAGACACUGGGAAGGAACCUGAUGAGGAUCAUCUCAGGGGUCUUCAGCCUGAUAUGGAUAGUGUGGUUCGGGGUCGCUCCUUGUCAUGGAUCCAGACUGGUCCAUCAGACCAGGACCCAAUCAAAAAGUCAAAAAUUGCUGGGGAAGGUGUUGAGAUACCACACAAACUUAGCAAGUCCUCACUGCUUUUCCCACAAAAGUCUUCCCUCUCUGCCCUUGCCAGCCGAGCCAAGCAGAUCCUCAGCAACUCCGCCCAUAGCAAACACCCCCCUAAUAACAACAGCAACAAGCCUGCUGGCAACAAAAAGGAAAAGAGGGAGGAGAACAAGAUCUACAUCACUAGGCCCCGUCCUGCAAAGGAAAGAGAAAAAGAGAGGGAGCAGCGACGAGAGCGGAGGGAAAAGAGGGCAUCUCACCACCCUAGAGAGAUUUUCCCAGGGGUCUUUUUGUAUCAAACUGGGAAGAGCACUAGACUGGUCAAUAGGGGUCACAAAGGACAUGGUGGGAGAAGUGUAACAGGGGUUAGACACCUUAUUAGUGCCCCUCAGCUUUGGCCAAAUCCCCCGACAAAGGAAAGUAAAGCAUUAACCCACAAUGGAAACAUCAAUAUACAGAGUGAAACUGUACAGAGGUCUGCUAACAAAGCAGCAGCACCAAAACAAAUGGAGAAAAAUAAGAGGAAAAGGGAUCCUCAAGACUUAAAAAUUACUGUUAGAACUGACCUGCCCAGCAGUAGAGACCACCUGAUUCCACGAUCCUAUCACCAAAAUCUUGCUUCUACCCCAGCCACCACACUCAACUCUACAGAAAACACAAUCCAGGGUCAGUUACGAGUCACUUCUUACCUCAGGACCUCGGUGAUUACAGAGUCCCAGCAGCAACCAGAACCAGAGCUCAACCCUGCUGACAUCGACCAGGAUACAAACCGCUCUAAUCCUGACCCCGACCCUGAUCGGGAGCCAGAACCAGAGGAGGGGGAAAUGUCAGACUACAGCUACGAGGAGGUGGAGGUUCGUCCAGGUUGGGCAGAGGAGAGCAUCAACUGGCAGAGGACUUUCUCCGUUAAUCCAAUGGACUUCGAGCUGCUGCGCUCAGACUGGAACGACCUGCGCUGCAACGUGUCUGGCAACCUUCAGCUGGCAGAGAGUGAAGUGGUGGAUGUGUUGGCGCAGUACAUGGAGAAACUGAAUGAACGCAACGGAGGGAUCUACACCCUGCUGCGAAUCAUCAACGUCGAGAAGAGGCGAGACUCAGCCAGAGGGAAUCGUUACCUGGUGGAGCUGGAGCUGAUGGAGAGAGGCCGCAGCGUGGUACGUCUUUCGGAGUACAUUUACCUGCUGCUGCACCGCGGCAGGCAGGGAGAAGAAAGUCUCGAAAACACAGAUUCUGCCCCGGCGUCUGCACCUGCUCCACUUCUCUCUUCGGCCACGACCAGCUUCACCACCCAAAAACCACCACCUUCUACCAAGUCCGCGGCACGUUCCGGAACAACACCGUGGAGCACAAUCUAUGCUAAGCCCCUUCUCUGUCAGCCGGUCAUGCUGCAGUGGAGGAGAGAUGUCAUGGUGCACUUUGUGGUGCCAGUGAAGAAUCAGGCACGCUGGGUGCAACAGUUCAUCUCUGACAUGGAGAAUCUUCACCAGCAAACAAAGGAUGACAACUUCAGCAUCAUCAUCGUUGACUUCGAGAGUGAAGACAUGGACGUGGAGCAGGCUCUUAAGGAGAGCAGUGUGCCACGAUAUGAGUAUCUAAGGAGGGAAGGGAACUUUGAGCGCUCUUCAGGACUGCAGAUUGGAGUGGACACCAUUGAGGACAGCCACAGCAUUGUGUUUCUGUGCGACCUGCACAUCCACUUUCCUCUCAACAUUUUGGAGAGCAUCAGGAAGCACUGCGUGGAGGGCCGCCUUGCGUUUGCUCCCAUCGUCAUGAGGCUAAGCUGCGGUAGUUCUCCACUGGAGCCUGAUGGUUACUGGGAAGUAAAUGGCUUUGGUCUGUUUGGAAUUUAUAAGUCCGACUUUGAUAAAAUCGGAGGAAUGAACACAGAGGAAUUCAAAGACCGCUGGGGUGGAGAGGACUGGGAGCUGUUGGAUAGGGUGCUGCAGAACGGUUUGGAAGUUGAAAGAUUGCGCUUGAGGAACUUCUUUCAUUACUACCACUCCAAAAGAGGCAUGUGGAACACUCAGAACAAAAAAACCCAGAAAGGAUAGCGCCUCUUUUUGGUUGGAGGGUCCUAAAUGGAUCUGCAGGCCCACUGCGUGUGC